CACAGUUUGCUGAUUGAGACAAAGAGUACUUUGACUGAUUUUCAAGAACAAGGGUGAUGUGAAGACAGGUCACUGAGAUGAAAAUGUUAAGUUUUUUAUUGGGCGUGACCAGGAUAAACAACAUUAAAAGUAAAUACACCAGAGGACAGCUCAGGUGGAGCAUUUUGUCAAAGUUAGAGAGUCAAGGCUGAGAUCGUUUGGACAUAUUCAAAGGACCGAAUGUGGAUAUAUUGGACAAAAGAUGCUAAGUAUGGAGCUGUCAUAAAGGAGGAAAAAGGCUGGUUCGUUGUAGUGGGGGUGGUGAUGAUACCGCUUGUCGGAAAGAGGAAGAAGCAGCAAAUACAAGUCAUAGCGUUUCGACUUCGGCUUCACAUCAGGGACCAUGAAACUACAGACCCUUUUUAUUAUUUGCUUUCAAGUACUAGGUGUAAAAACAGCAACAGUAGCUAAAUCAUUUCAAGUCUUUGGAUACCUUGGAGAAAACAUCACAUUGCCCUCAGGAGCCGACCCAUCAUGGAAUCUCUUUAGAAUUGAAUGGUCAAUAUUCACCAACACCACUUGGAUUGCCACUUAUAACAAUGGGGAAAAGAACACCAGAUAUAUUCCUCAGUACGCAGGGAGACUCGCUCUUAGUGAAACAUCAGGUAAUCUAACAAUUCACCACCUGAAGGAAAAUGAUGCCAUGGAAUACACUGUAAACCUCCUCAGGAAGGGUGACAAUGAAGUAAACAAGAUUAAACUCACAGUAAAACAAAAGCUCCAGCAGCCAUCCAUCCAGAUAGUCACCAGCACAUCUGUAGAAAGUGGCUGUUUAAUGGUGGUGAACUGCUCUUCUCUGGAUAAGGGUGUUAACCUCUCCUGGAGUGUUGAACCAGUCAGUGUGCUCACCAUCAACAAGAGUCAUCCCAGUGACAGCUCUGCACAGCUUUUUGCAUUUGUCAACACCAAAGAGAACUCUACUUUUACCUGCAUCUCCAGCAGAGAUACAGAGAGUGUUUCAUCUGAAUCUGUAACACCAAAGUGUGAUAGUAAGAUCUGUGUUUCAAACUGUACAACUCCAUGUUCUCCUACGACAGUGACACAAUGGUGGCCUUUCAUUUUGUUCAUCGCCCUUGUUGUAAUAGUUUGUUUAUUUUACCGUUAUGCAGUGAAAUCCCACAACCUGCGGGAUGAUUUGUUAGUAAAGACUCAGACUUGUGUUGCUUGGCUACAGAGAAGACGAAAAGAAUACAUUGUGUCAGCACAAAGAAGGAAAAAUGAGGAGGAAAAGACUGGACAAGUACAGGAAGAACAAGUGACAGCACUAAGACCAAGCGAGGAAGAGAAGAGAAAUCAGAAUGAAGACAGCAAUGAGAGAGCAAGCGAGGAAAAAGAAACAAUUCAACACAAGGAGGUGAACAGAGAGCUUGUGCAAGAGCAGGAAGAACAAGAAAACCUUGGUAUUGCUGUGUAUGCUAAUGACUGUACUCUAAAGCCUCUUGAAUGUCACAUCAGCCUCACAGAGAAUGCCUGAACAAUUGCAAAAACACAGGCUGAAGAAACCCACCACAUUCAGAAAGAAAAAUCUACAGAAGAUGGACACAGUUUAAUGGACAUAUCUGGUACCUAACUAAGAGAGUUUUAAAAAAAAAUCCGCUGUCAUAACUCAGACUGACCAAAAUAUGCACAGCGAUCAUUUUUUUAUGUUUACAUAAAAAAAUGAGCAAACAGAGAAAAAUUACAAAAUUAGUCAUUACUGUAUAGGUGCUCAAGAUGCUGAGAUCUCAAGUAUUUGUUUGACAUUAAAUUAUGUGCUAUUUUCUGCCUUAUUUUUUAUAUUUCAUUGUUAUGUCACAUGUGAAUUUCUCUUUCUCUUUUUGCUAUUUUUUGUACAGAUGUGAAAGGCAAUGUAAGAUACAAUUGUAGCCACUCGUUUUUAUCCAUGUUUCAUUAUUUCAUUUUACUACAUAAAACAGGUAAUUUACCUUUGUUUAUCAUAUCAUAUCUUAAAAUAUGAAUACACAUUGGUAAAUAAAGGUACAACCGUGAGUAAAUAAAGAUGGAGAGGAAUGGGAAACAUCA